AUGGCGAUCAGCGAUCUUCGUUGGUGUCCGGAUGGAUUGGCAUUGCUACUAUUUGGAAAUUCGCCCGAAGCCAAGUAUAUUUGCUGCGGCACCGACGACCAGUGGAGCUACUCGGAGUCAUUGCAGGUCAUGUCUUGGAACGCAGCGCAAGUUUCUGAAUCUUUUAACUUGGUGGUGUACUAUUUGGUGUUCGACCCUUUCCGUACUGUUCUACAGAGCGUUGAACAAUUUAUGGCGGAGCUUGGCGAAGUGGCCCGAACAAUAUUCAGCUCUGCGUCGUGCCUGGGUGUCGUAAACGUCGCUUCGGAACUUCCUGCUUACAGUAUGUGGUGCAAUAGGCACUUGAAGCGAUGCUAUCCACGUCAGCUGGUGGAUUUGACGUAUCCAGGAACCAUGACGUUGGCCCAUCACAUGAUGCCAGUUGGAAUUGUUCCUGCCGACCUGCCCGUUCAUAUCACCUGCAAUGAUUGA